AUGCGUUGUACAAGUCUCAGCAGCACCAGUAGCCAUAGUAGCAACAGUGGCAGUAGCACAAGUAGCAUUAGCAGUAAUAAUAGCACAUCUAGUCAUUACAAGCGAGGCAAACGAAGCGAUAUAGGACCAACCCAUCAACACACGUAUCAUCCGUAUUGUAAACAACAGUCAAUCCAAUCCAUGUCCCAGCAACAAGAUACAAGACAAUCAUCAUCACUGCAGCAGCAGCUACCAGCUACUACGUCUUUCUCUUCUUCGUCUCAAUCAUGUAGAUAUGAUUCAUCGCUUGGUCUAUUGACAAAAAAGUUCAUUGCAUUACUUCGAUCCAGUGCCCAUGGCGACCUUGAUCUGAAUCGCGCCGCCAGCCAACUCAAAGUGCAGAAACGAAGAAUAUAUGAUAUUACCAAUGUACUGGAAGGUAUUCAACUUAUUGAAAAAAACUCCAAAAAUCAUGUACGGUGGAUCGGGAAUGCUGCAGUCAAUGCCACUAAUGAAACGACGGAUGAUAAUAUCAUGACAACAACAACAGCAUCAACAUCAUCCGCAUCAACAAAUGAGCUCGAGCAAAGGCUCGCCUAUCUGAGAAACCACAAUCAAACACUAGAAAAUGAGCAAAACCAUCUGAAUAUAUUCAAACAGCAGAUAGAUCAAGAAAUUGAAAGAGUGAUCAAGAAUAAUGCGUCAUAUUGUUAUUUGACAUUAGAUGAUAUUGAUAGGUUUGAGGUCAUUAUGGCAGCUCAGCAGGAGGCCCUCGUGGUUGUAAAUGCGCCUUAUGAUACAGAUAUCGAGGUGCAUCAAGUGAAAAAUGCGACUCCAACCAAGAAAAAGCCUAACAACACAACGACAAAGUGUUUGAUAAGAGUGCCUGAAAACUCUACGAAACCUCUUAGACUGAUAUCGUUGAAGCAUAAAGACAACGACCAUAAUAAUCAUUGA